GAACUCCAAAUUUUAACGCCCAACUAAAAUUGUUUUCUGGAUUUUUCUUCACUGCACAUGACCCAAUCCUAGUUGAACGACCCAAUUGACCAAAAACCAUAGAAAUCAAUCCCAUUUCCUUCCAAAGAUGAUAACCCAUCUCUGUUCUCUUCGUCAAGCUCCAACUUUUCCAUUCGUCUCAACUUUUCUGAGCUCUUCUCCUUCUUCUUUCCCCAAUGUUGGAGCAAACCCAUACAGGAUUUCAGUGGAGCCUCACCCUCUCAGAAACAGAAGCUUCAAAAGUAAAAGAAAUGGGAUUAUCUGUGGGGCAAUUUUACCUGUGGAUCCAUGGGCACCCAACAUCGAUUCUCAGAGCAUAGCCUCCCAGAUUUUUGCCUUUUCCCUCUUUCCUUACAUUGGUUUCUUGUACUUCAUCACCAAAUCAAAGACCGCUCCCAAGCUCACUCUCUUCGGUUUCUAUUUCUUGCUUGCCUUCGUGGGUGCUACCAUUCCUGCUGGAAUAUAUGCAAAGGUUCAUUAUGGAACUUCCUUGUCUAAUGUUGAUUGGUUACAUGGAGGGGCUGAAUCACUUCUCACUCUGACAAAUCUUUUCAUUGUGUUGGGUUUGAGAGGAGCUCUUAGGAAGUAUGGGGAGGCUGAAAACUCUACAUCCUCACCUGUUCUAGAGUUGGAAAAAGAGAAGGCUGUUGUAGAUAAAUAGUUGUAUGUUCCAAACACUUUAGUUGAAAUAUUUGUUUCUAUGGGCUUUGUGCCCUGUAAAUAUAGGACGAAAAAUCAAGCAACGUUGAAAAUGUGCAUUCUCUUUUUACUUUCUCUCCUCUACUGUUAUAUAAACUGCCCCUUUGGAGUUGUAUGAACAUCACUGAUCAACCAUUAUAAUUGUGAUUCUGUCUUGGUUUUGCUUUA